AUGAUUCCUUCAAUUGGCCUAUGGGCCUGUCUACUGUCUGUUGCAACGAGUGCUUUGGGUUCUCAUGUCCAUGGUCAUGCCCAUGCCCAUGCUUCACGCGCUCAAAUCUCGCGCCGGGAGAUCUCGUCUGAGCUCUUCGAGAAGUUCAAGCUCUUUGCUCAGUUCGCGACAAUAACCAACUGCGAUCAGAAUAUCAAUCGCACUGGGUACCCGCUUUCUUGCGAUCAGGGACCGUGUGAUCUGGUCCAGGCAGAGGAUACCGAGAUCGUCAACACGUAUCACCAGAAGACCGGAGGCACUGGAUACAUCGCAUUGGACCGCACUCGGAAAUUGAUCAUCGUCACCUUCCGGGGAACCAUCACCUUCCCAGACUUAUAUCAAGACCUACGGAUCCCAAUCCUCACACCCGUGCCAGAGCUGUGCGAUGGGUGCGGAGUGUAUCCCGGAUUCUGGGAUUACUGGCUCAGCGCCAAAGACCAGAUCAUCAGCGAGCUCGGAAACGUCACGAAAGAAUACCCUGACUACCGCGUCUCUGUAACAGGGUACAGUCUCGGUGCCGGUGUUGCUACCGUUGCCGGAGUUGCGCUCCGUGAGGAGGGAUUCCCCUGUGAUAUCUGGACAUUUGGCGCAUCCAAGCCUGGAAACGCAAAGCUGGCUGAGUUUAUCACCAACCAGCAGAAGCCCGUCAGUAUCUAUCGGGCGACCCAUAAUAAGGAUCUGAUUCCAAACCUCCCUGCCAACAUCAUUGGCUUUGACUACACUCAACCUUCUCCUGAGUUUUGGAUUGACCAGCCAAGUGGCGAGGUCGUUACCCCUGAUGUUGUGAAAUAUAUUGAGGGCAUCAAUAACAAGACAGGCAAUCUGGGCCAACAUGGCACAUCGAUUGGCGCAGAGCACGAGUGGUACUUCGGUAACAUGACUGUCUGUGCCCCAUCCGCUGAUAUGUAUGCUCUGUUCUGA